CCCUCUCAUCUCAUCUGUAGCAAACUCAAAAUGUCCACCACAACCAAAGCAUCGCUUAAACUUCCAUUCAAAGUCAGACUUCUGCUCGCUGCUCACUCUUUCUCUGUAAAUGCAUUCUGCAGCUCUGACAGCACGGCCGUCAACCGACCUCUUAUGAAACUUUUCGACCCCAAAGCCUCUCCUUCAACUUCAACGAAGCCUGAUCAUGGCAUCGUGUCUUCUGACAUCAUGGUUGACAACACACGCAAACUUUGGUUCCGUCUGUACACCAACACCGCCGCUGCUGAUGGUGCCACCACUCCCAUCAUAGUCUACUUCCAUGGCGGAGGUUUUGCGUUUAUGGCGGCCAAUUCAAUGGUUUACGAUGACUUAUGCAAGAGGCUUGCGCGUGAAGUUCCUGCUGUUGUUGUCUCCGUGAAUUACCGGCUCUCGCCUGAACAUCGAUACCCGUCGCAAUAUGAAGAUGGUUUUGAGGUUUUGAAGUUCAUUGAUAACCCAAAGUUUGAAGGGUUUCCAGCUUCUUCUGCCAAUAUCAAGCAGUUCUUUGUUGCUGGAGACAGCGCGGGUGGCAACCUGGCGCAUCAUGUGGCCCUCAAGGCUUGCGAGCAUGAAUUUUCCCGACUGAACCUUGUCGGAGUUGUAGAAUUGCAACCCUUUUUUGGAGGAGAGGAAAGGACAGAAUCGGAGAUGAAGCUUGUUGGGACUCCAUUAAUAUCAGUGAAGCGCACAGAUUGGAUGUGGAAGGCUUUCUUGCCACAAGGCUGCAACCGGGAUCAUCCAGCGGUGAAUGUAUUUGGGCCAAAUUCUGUUGAUAUUUCACAUUUAUCGUUUCCACCUACCCUUGUUUUCAUCGGCGGGUUUGAUCCUUUACAAGAUUGGCAGAGAAAAUAUGUGGAAGGAUUAAGGAAAUGUGGAAAAAAAGUGUACACGAUUGAGUAUCCGAAUGCCUUUCAUGGGUUUUAUGGGUUUGCAGAGUUGCCUGAAUCUUCCUUGCUAAUUGCGGCGGUUAAGUCCUUCGUUCAAAACCAGUUGGCUACAUGAUAUAGCUCGUCUUUCGUUGUUUUGUUUUGUUUUCAUUUCUUCCCGACGAGUACUUCUGAUAUUGCUGGAGUUGUCCUGCUUCGUAUAAUUCGUCAUAC